AUGGAUUCCAAUCCAUAUAGACAGAAUCCAAAUUUUGUUGGUCUACUAAAUAGUCAACAAGAUAUUGCCUUUGGUUCCUAUGAAGAUAGUGUCGAGCUAUCUUCAAGCCAAGUUCCUUUUCUUCCCACUCAAGGUACAGCUGAUUCGAACUUCGUUGGAAACACUCCUCCUGACUGUAAAGAACGAAGGAAGUGGACGCCUUCGGAUGAUAUGUUGCUCAUUAGCUCGUGGUUAAACACGAGCAAAGAGGCAGUGGUUAACAAUGAGCAAAAAUUAGGCGCUUUCUGGUCAAGAGUAGCAGCGUAUUUUUCAGCGAAUGCAACAAGGGAGAGAAGUAGUGGCCAGAACGAGAAUGAUGUGGUGAAACGUGCUCAUGAAAUUUUUUACAACAACCAUAAGAAGAGAUUUCUCCUUGAACAUGCUUGGAAUGAGCUGAGGAACGACCAGAAGUGGUGUGAGCUUUCAUCUUCCAAAAACGCUGAAAGCUCUAAAAAAAGAAAGGGUGAUGAGGACGGGGCAGAUUGUUCAAGCUCUCAACCAACUGAAACGAUGCGUCUAGAGGGUGUUAAAGCCGCUAAGGCCCAUGGUAAGAAGACAGUGGUUGAGGAGAAUGCGGAAGGAGAAUGCGGACAAGGAGUUUCAGUCUAUGGUGUCAUUAAAACAACAAGACUUGGUCAUGAAAGAUCGCUUGUCUAA